AUGGUUAAAGAAUCUGCUUGCAUCUGUUCCCAGUAUUCCAGAGGAGUAUUUGCCAUUUUUGGACUCUAUGAUAAGAGGUCAGUACAUACCUUGACCUCAUUCUGCAGCGCCUUACAUAUCUCCCUCAUCACACCAAGUUUUCCUACUGAGGGGGAGAGCCAGUUUGUGCUGCAGCUAAGGCCUUCCUUAAGAGGAGCCCUCUUGAGUCUGCUGGAUCACUAUGAAUGGAACUGUUUUGUAUUCCUGUAUGACACAGACAGGGGAUACUCGAUACUUCAAGCUAUUAUGGAAAAAGCAGGACAAAAUGGGUGGCACGUCAGUGCUAUAUGUGUGGAAAAUUUUAACGAUGUCAACUAUAGGCAACUUUUAGAAGAACUUGAUAGAAGACAAGAGAAGAAAUUUGUAAUAGACUGUGAAAUAGAGAGGCUUCAAAACAUAUUAGAACAGAUUGUGAGUGUUGGAAAGCACGUUAAAGGCUAUCAUUAUAUCAUUGCAAACUUGGGAUUCAAGGAUAUUUCUCUUGAGAGAUUUAUACACGGUGGAGCCAAUGUUACAGGAUUCCAGUUGGUAGAUUUUAAUACACCUAUGGUGACCAAAUUAAUGGAUCGCUGGAAGAAACUAGAUCAGAGAGAAUAUCCAGGAUCUGAGACACCUCCAAAGUAUACGUCUGCUCUGACUUAUGAUGGAGUCCUUGUGAUGGCUGAAACAUUCCGAAGUCUCAGAAGACAGAAAAUUGAUAUUUCCAGGAGAGGAAAUGCUGGAGAUUGUCUGGCAAAUCCAGCUGCUCCAUGGGGCCAGGGGAUUGACAUGGAGAGGACACUCAAACAGGUUCAAAUUCAAGGGCUAACAGGAAAUGUUCAGUUUGACCACUACGGACGCAGAGUCAAUUACACAAUGGACGUGUUCGAGCUGAAGAGCACCGGGCCGAGGAAGGUUGGGUACUGGAAUGAUAUGGAUAAAUUAGUCUUGAUUCAAGAUGUACCCACUCUUGGCAAUGACACAGCAGCUAUUGAAAACAGAACAGUUGUUGUAACCACUAUUAUGGAAUCCCCAUAUGUUAUGUACAAGAAAAAUCAUGAAAUGUUUGAAGGAAAUGACAAGUAUGAAGGAUAUUGUGUAGAUUUGGCAUCUGAAAUUGCAAAACAUAUUGGUAUCAAGUAUAAAAUUGCCAUUGUCCCUGAUGGAAAAUAUGGAGCAAGGGAUGCAGACACAAAAAUCUGGAAUGGGAUGGUAGGAGAACUUGUUUAUGGGAAAGCAGAGAUUGCUAUUGCCCCUCUGACAAUCACUUUGGUCCGAGAGGAGGUCAUUGACUUCUCUAAGCCCUUCAUGAGUUUGGGCAUAUCUAUUAUGAUCAAAAAGCCUCAGAAAUCUAAACCAGGAGUGUUUUCCUUCUUGGAUCCUCUGGCCUAUGAGAUUUGGAUGUGCAUAGUCUUUGCCUACAUUGGUGUCAGCGUGGUCUUGUUCCUGGUUAGUAGGUUUAGUCCUUACGAGUGGCACACAGAAGAGCCGGAAGAUGGGAAGGAAGGACCCAGUGACCAGCCUCCCAACGAGUUUGGCAUCUUUAACAGCCUCUGGUUUUCCCUGGGUGCUUUUAUGCAGCAAGGAUGUGACAUUUCACCCAGAUCCCUCUCAGGACGAAUUGUUGGAGGUGUUUGGUGGUUCUUUACCCUCAUCAUUAUAUCAUCUUAUACUGCUAAUCUCGCCGCUUUCCUGACGGUUGAGAGAAUGGUCUCCCCUAUAGAAAGUGCAGAAGAUUUGGCCAAACAAACAGAAAUUGCCUACGGAACACUGGAUUCAGGGUCAACAAAAGAAUUCUUCAGAAGAUCAAAAAUAGCAGUGUAUGAAAAGAUGUGGACCUACAUGCGAUCAGCAGAGCCAUCAGUGUUCACUAGGACUACAGCUGAGGGAGUAGCUCGUGUGCGAAAAUCCAAGGGCAAAUUUGCCUUUCUCCUGGAGUCCACUAUGAAUGAAUACAUUGAGCAGCGAAAGCCAUGUGACACAAUGAAAGUUGGAGGAAAUCUGGAUUCAAAAGGCUAUGGAGUAGCAACGCCCAAGGGCUCUUCAUUAAGAAAUGCUGUUAACCUCGCAGUUUUAAAACUGAAUGAACAAGGCCUCUUGGACAAAUUGAAAAACAAAUGGUGGUACGACAAAGGAGAAUGUGGCAGCGGGGGAGGUGACUCCAAGGACAAGACGAGUGCCUUGAGCCUGAGCAACGUAGCAGGCGUCUUCUACAUUCUGGUUGGCGGCUUGGGCUUGGCAAUGCUGGUGGCUUUGAUAGAGUUCUGUUACAAGUCCAGGGCAGAAGCGAAGAGAAUGAAGCUGACCUUUUCUGAAGCCAUAAGAAACAAAGCCAGAUUAUCCAUCACUGGGAGUGUGGGUGAAAACGGUCGCGUCUUGACACCCGACUGCCCAAAGGCUGUACACACUGGAACUACAAUUAGACAAAGUUCAGGAUUGGCUGUCAUUGCAUCGGACCUUCCAUAAAAACCAAAAAAAUAAUUGAGUGCCUUAAUUAAACUGUGUUUGUGACUGAUGGAAACGCAGCCCUGAGGGACAGGCUAAGCGCAGGUCUUCGCUCAAACAAUCCUUUGGCUGAGAGCGGGAAGUUCGUCCUAAGGCGCCAAACAUCAGCAACGUGUGCAUGAGCUCAGCUCGGAAACCCAAACUCAGAUUUUAUAUCAGGAAAACUCACAAUUUAGAUUUUUUUUUUCGGGUAGUGGGGGUGGGUGGGGAGCUGGGAUGGGUGUAUCAACAGCAACAAAUUUCACCUGAGUGGACUUAAAAACUAAUCAGACAUGCAAGUUAGCACAUUAAAGUGUGAAGUUCUUGCUCAGAAAGGCCUCAGUCUUCACUUCAAGGCAUAAAAUAGUUAUAGAAGUCAAUGAAUGCGCUAACCUGUGUCUCCAGAACACCCAUAUAUUCAAUGGAAGACUAUCCAGCUGAGAAAACAAAUCACUAUACUCUGACAAAAAAUAAUAAACAAACAUGUAAAUCCUGUGAAAAAAAAAAAACUUAAAGAAAAUAAUUACACUUACUUUGGAGAAAACAAAUACUGAAACAUGCUUGCUUUUUAACUGACAUAAAUUCAGUAGAGGACAACACAAUUCUUUUUUCUAACCAUCUUAGGGAAAAAUACAUUGCAAUAAUUGAAAUAAAUGCCAUCACUGUAAUAAACUUUAGAGACUUUUUUUAAAAUAAAAGUUGUUGGUAAUUUUGUUUGCCAUAACCUUCACUCUGUCACAUGAGUCAGUGUCCACAGAUUGCAUUUGUCUCACUACCAGGAACAAAAUGAAGACAACAUUAACGUAAAAUCAUCAGUCUACAAUGUAGAAUCAGAAGAUACUAUGGGUCAUUUAUGUUAUCAAUAUUAUUUAUAAUCUUGUUCUGUGUACAAAAUUGUGGUUUUUGUACCCACCAAAAAGAAUAAACAAUAUUUACAUUCUUACAAUAUUUACAGAGCUUAAAGUUUUUUCUUAUCAUUAUAAAAGUUAUUUGAGAAAUUAUGAGACUAUGGGUGGAAUAGUAAAAGUAAACUGUGGGCCAUAUUGGAAAAUGUAUCUAGCCCUUAUUAUUUUUGCAUAAUAAGCUAAUUUUUUACACAGAUCUUUGCCUCAUUAGCAGUUGAAUUGUCAAAGAUGGAAUGUUUGAA